ACUUUUGGCCUUGCUCACGCCCGCCUAGGCUUAUUUGGUUUGACCCUCAAGACCAUCCGAGCAAAGGCUUCAUUCCUGUUUGGUCUUCUGAGAAGUGUGCAAGGUUGCUGAGCGUUUCACGGCCAAUUAUGUGAGGCAUGACCCCGCAACUCCCCUCUCAGGUCGGAUUUUAUCUUUUGCCCCCCGAACAAAAAUCAAAGCGACGGAAGCAUCCAAGACCAUUAGUUCCCAGACAUUGGAAGUCUCAGUCGCACUUGGACGUGAUCACUGAAGCUAGUGAAGAGUCCAGGAACUCUACACCGAACACAUCAUCCACCCUUACUCAACUGCUAUCGCCCACGUUGUUGAGGAAAAACACUGCCUUGCCUGGACUCAUGUUUGACCGACCCACACGUCAUCCAUCAUUGGACGACCUGAGGGGUUACGGUCGCAAUAUGAGCUACGAUCGUGAAAGCCCUGGCCAGAGGCUCGAUGGGCUAAAACUGCCACCUAUUGCCAAUAACAACUUGCCAUAUGAUCACACCAAAUGCCUCCAUCCUCAGUCCAGGAUUUGCGAGAACCUCCGCUACAAUCUGCACCAAUUGAGGAUCCGGAACUUCGAGGACACUUACCAAACAAUCAUCGACGCCGUGGUCAUUGGUCCAGCUGAAGUGGAGGCUGUCGACGUGGAAGAGGUUUUGGGAAUCAGUACUGACGAAUAUCUUCGAAGCAAGUUCAAGAGGAGUGUGCCAUCCAAACUGGAAGACGUAGGUUCCCGACAAGAGUCACAAGACAGCGUGGAAGAGGAGGAGGUACCCCAGCCCAGUCACCCUCAACCGAACACCUCAAAGCGGAUCCCUGUUCCUCCGCCGCCACCGGUUGAGUACCCAGAUUAUCGCUUUGGGUACAAGGGCAAAUCGGGUGGACCUCAUUUUGAAGUGGAGAGUCGUGGCUUGAGGAUGAGGCGAUACUCCAUGUUGUUGUCACGACCGGGAUUGAGACGGCAAUUCGACCGAUUCGCUCGAUAUGGCGAACCCAGAGCGACGGGUGACUUUAUCACUCUGUCCCAAACCGAAAAGUGGUUCAAGCAAGCCGGAGUUAUUGACAACUGGAACGUCACCACUACCGACACUGCCAUUUAUUUUCGUAAAAUAAGCAAGGGCUCCAAAUGGGUUGAUUAUGACAAUUGGCGCAUCUUCUUGGAAGAGUUGGCCUGGAGGAAGCGCCUGAACUUGGAUUACCUCAUUGACCGGCUAGAGCUGACUGGAAAACCACCGGUGACAAAUAGCUCUGUGCAGACGAAGAAUGGAAAGAAUGCUUUAAUCAAGCCUAAGGGUACCUAGGACAUUCCAGUACGUUCCUCCGCCAACUCAGCAACCGCAACCAACUGGCUCCAAGCAUCAUUACGAGAGAAAACUUCAUCACAAUCGCUUCGCUUCCCAUGACCGCCGUAGAAAUUAUUGAUCAUUGAAAGCCAUUCUUCAUAUUCUUUUGUUCUCCUCAAGAUUUUUAUGAAAUGAAUCAACGAAAUCAAGUACAAUAUGAAACAAGA